GUGAUGUUGGCAGUCUGUGAAGACAUGUUGAUCGGGUUGAGUGUAUCGAAGGUGGAGUGGGGGUCGCCAACGUCGGGCGUCGGUACGUAUUAGCAGGCAAAAGCGCGAGCAAGUCAGAGACGGCGAUGAAGAAAGCAUCGUUCUGAUGGUCAACAGAACAGGAGCAAACGGCGCGCGCACGUGCUGUCGCGUACCCUUGCCAAAGAUCCAUAUCGCAGUAUGCGGGCAUCCGUUUGACCUGUAUGCGUUAUGAUCGCUCGUCCAAAUUUGUAUCGUAUGUCUGAGAGUAGCGAAAGAGUGCGAGCCCUACAUUAUUCGUCGCGCUGCUAUCACAUACGCAAACAACAGCAGUGAGACACGUUGCCUGGCAACCACGUCUACAAGAUGGAAGGCUUCAGCAGCGAGAUCUCUUGCAGUGUGGUAUCGCACUGCUUCUAUACCAAUGACGCCUUUCAAGCAGAUUCGAGCCUUCAUUGUGAGAUGCAGUCCACGAGCAUCCAGAGCACGACAAAAGCUCCGCGUCGAGGCGGCGGCAGAGCAAAGACUCUCCAGUCGCGACCUCGACAUGCAGCUGUCUCCGACUUUGGAGCAAGCAUCAGCGUCAUUCUCUGAGUGGACCGACGAAGGGGAGUCGGGCUGGAACGGCGAGCCACCGGAAUUGCAAUACUCCUCGUCACCCAUCAAGUAUGAUACCCAUCGACCAGCUACUGCUCGGUCCAAUAGAGGAGUUAGUCCCACGCCAAAAGGACGGGGUGUAUGCAGGCAACAAGUUCUAGACAGUGCGCAUCUCACAGCCCUCAAUCACCAGCUAGCGGCAUACCUAGAAAAGGCAGAGUCGGAUCUUUCCCGCAAGCACAUUGUCAUUGCCGAAAUGGAGGACGAUCUGAACGCACUGUGGGAAACGGCCAUCAAGCACCAGAGCAAACAUCUUGAGCUGAAGCAGGAGAACGCGCGGUUGACCGAAGUGGUAGGUCUCCUUACUACCAGUAAGUGGAGACCCAUGCGCGAGCUGAAGCGACGACUCUUGCACGUCGAGUCUCGUGCGACCAUCGCGGAGAGCCAAGUCGCAAGAAUGAAGGAGGUGCUAGCAGCACAGGUGAAGGAGCGCACGGAGUUGCACAAGGAGGCGUAUGAGCUGUGGGAUGCGAUUCUCAUGACUGGGGAGCAGGCAGGCGCUCGUGAUCGAGCCGAUCGUGCCAUGGACAGGCUAUCCAUUCGCUUCGACUUCGAGGACGGUCACAUCUAGCCGGGUGAUUCCUUCGCAAUGUUUUCGUCGUAGGUCCAGUCGAAAGUUCCUUUUAUAGCAUGCCCUCUUCUCUCUUCUUUGCAGCCUCCUUCCUGCGCACCAUAAUCUCACAGUCCCUCAGCCUCUCCUCCCAAUCCGCCCACUUCUCCCCCAUGUCCAGGACUCCCGUUCUGUACCAGUCCUCCAAGAGCCUCGUGCUGCGAAGUCUCAGCUCUGCGAACUCUCGCGCUUGCUCAAUCUGCUUCGCUUCCACCCUCGCGAUGCGCGGCUCUAGCCCGAUUAGUUUUACGAGGGGUGCUGUGUCUGGUAUCGUACUAUUGUCGUGGAGUGUAGAAAGCUGUGCGGACGUCGCCUUGUAGAGGUUCUCGUGAGCGAGAAUUAGGUGUGCGAGGGAAGCAGGAUGGAGUGUACGUGGGACAGUCUUCUCGUCAGUGGGGUGGAACAGCUCUGGGUACUGCUGAUGUAUCUGUAGGAUGUCUGACACGGCGUGUGAUCUGAUCGUCAACGCCUUCAAGGUCCGCUCGAGUGUUCGUAGACGUGCCGCUGCCGAUGCUUUCGGUGGCAGGUCGUUGGACUGCUCGGCGGCGGGGCGAUGCACAUCAUCGCCAUUGAUUGCAUAUUGCAGACGCUGGAGUCGGUCUUCGAGCAUGGCCAACGUCACCGCUGAUGUGUCCACAUUGGGGGUAGCCAUACGGAAAUCUCGCGGCCGCCUGUCACAGC